CGCUAAAUGAGGAAUCAAAGCAAAAGCCAAAAGAUAAACAGCAAAAGCGUCGUAGCCUGACUCGUUUGGGGGCGAAAACACCAUUUCUCUCUUUUCUCUUCUAUUCUCUUCUUCUUCUUCUUCUUCUUCUUCUUCCUCUUCUUCUCGGUCGUCGACGUCGUCGUCGUCGUCGAUCCCCAUUACCACCACCACCACUCACUCCAUUUAUACCCCUCGCUCAUCCUGUGGAAACCCUCUCCUACUCCUCCUCCUCCUCGUCGUCCCAUGGCGGAGGCGAAUCGUCGCAGGUGAUCGCUUCGGCGCUUCGCUCGCGCUCUCGCGAGCUCCGAUCCUCGCCCCGAUCGUUGAUGCCCCCGCGGAUCUCGCCGCGAUCCUGAUCUUAGAUGAGCGCGAACGGGGACGGGGGGAGCGCGGCGGCGGCAGCGCCGCCGCCACCGCCGCUGGAGUGGAAAUUCUCGCAGGUGUUCGGCGAGCGGGCCGCGGGAGAGGAGGUGCAUGAAGUUGACAUUAUAUCAGCAAUAGAGUUUGAUAAAUCUGGGAAUUAUCUUGCUACUGGGGAUAGAGGAGGGCGUGUUGUUUUAUUUGAGAGGACAGACCUCAAGAAUAACAUCCAUCGAAGGGAUCUAGAGAGAGCAGAUUGUCCAAUCAGCAGGCAUCCUGAAUUCCGCUACAAAACUGAGUUUCAAAGUCAUGAACCAGAGUUUGAUUAUCUUAAAAGUUUGGAAAUAGAAGAGAAGAUCAACAAGAUUAGAUGGUGUCAAACCGCUAAUGGUGCCUUGUCUCUCCUCUCCACGAAUGACAAAACAAUUAAGUUGUGGAAGGUGCAAGAAAAGAAGGUGAAAAAAGUUUCAAAAAUGAACUUGGAUCCUUUGCAUGCACAAGCCAAUGGUAGUUCAGCUAGUCCCAGUGUAUUUCUCCCCAAUGGUGGAUGUUCAGAAAGCCCCUACACCCAUGCAAGAAAUGAUUUAUCAUUUCAUCCAGGCGGAAUUCCAUCACUACAAUUACCUGUGGUAGUCAGUAGCCAAGAAACCAGCCUUGUUGCUAGAUGUCGAAGAGUAUAUACUCAUGCACAUGAUUAUCACAUCAAUUCCAUCUCGAAUAACAGCGAUGGCGAGACUUUCAUAUCAGCAGAUGAUUUGCGGAUAAAUCUUUGGAACUUAGAAAUUAGUAACCAGAGUUUUAAUAUUGUUGAUAUGAAGCCUGCAAAUAUGGAGGAUCUUACUGAGGUGAUAACAUCUGCUGAGUUCCACCCCAGUCACUGUAAUAUAUUGGCAUACAGUAGCUCGAAGGGCUCAAUUCGACUUAUCGAUUUGAGGCAAUCAGCUUUAUGCGAUAACCAUUCCCAGUUGUUUGAGGAGCAUGAGACAUCAAGGUCUUUCUUCACUGAAAUUAUUGCUUCAAUUUCAGAUAUAAAAUUCUCGAAAGACGGAAGGCAUAUUUUGAGUCGUGAUUAUAUGACUCUUAAGCUAUGGGAUAUAAAUGUGAACUCCGGUCCUGUUGCUACGUUUCAGGUUCAUGAAUAUUUAAGACCUAAGCUUUGUGAUUUAUAUGAAAAUGACUCAAUCUUUGACAAAUUUGAGUGUUGUCUAAGUGGUGAUGGAUUACGAGUAGCCACUGGUUCUUACAGUAACCUUUUCCGUGUAUUCGGUUGUGUUCCGGGAAGCGAGGAGGCUACAACUUUAGAAGCAAGUAAAAAUCCAAUGAGGAGGCCAACUCAAAAUGUUGCAAGGCCUCCAAGACCUUCAAGCAGUGCAACACGUGCUGUUCGGCGAGGGAAAUUUCAACAGGAGCGGAAACCUCGGGUGUCGAUGCCAAUGGGAACUCAUUUGACUCCACUUCGAAGUUGCUGCAUUUGGCUUGGCAUCCAACCGAAAACUCAAUCGCCUGUGCUGCUGCAAACAGCUUGUACAUCUACUAUGCGUAAAAACAAAGUGAAAAAGAAGAAAAAGCCGUCUCUCUCCCUGAGGAAGUGCUUCGUCUUUUGUUCCCGGGAGGUGCGGCUUGAUUCUGGUUUCUUUGUGGGGGCGGUUGCAAUGUUGUUCAAGGAUCUAAAUUAUGUAAUUGUACCUUUAUUACGACGGUAAAAACGAAGCUAUCUAAGGAGUCGAUCUUUAGAAGUGCUCGGAGGGGCUGAUUUUUUGUUGUUUUUUAGGCUUGAUGUCCUAACUAUUUUGUUUGUUAUUAUCUAUUUGAAAGUGUUAUCUGCGCACUCUGGGAUUCUGAAUAGCUGACGAAUGUGCCUUUCAUAUUUGGUCGAGCUAUCGCCAAAUAACGAGCGUUAUUAUUUCUAUUAUUAUUAUUAUUAUUAUUAUUAUUUGUAA